ACAAGCGUCCGCAACUGCCCCGUGACGCUGGCCCGCAUCAGUCGAGUUUCUCCGCGGAGGAGCAGCCCAGGUUCGUCCGAUAACAUCUGCCCCACCAGGAGCGCCAGACGCCCCCUCUCCGUCUUUCUUCCCCCCCUGAUUCUAAUUAUCCCGCCUCGGCUCGGAUGGGGGAGAAGUGCACGCCGACCGGGGGCGUCCUGCGUGUGUAGCCGCCUGUUGGGAACGGACGGACGGGGCUUGUUGUCGGCGAGAUGAGCGGCGGGGAAGUCAUCCUCCAAGGCUGGCUGAGGAAGUCGCCGCCGGAGAGGAAACUGCGGAGAUACGCAUGGAAGAAGCGCUGGUUCAUUCUGCGCAGCGGGCGCAUGAGCGGUGACCCCGACGUGCUGGAGUACUACAAGAACGACCACUCCAAGAAGCCCAUCCGGGUCAUCGACCUGCACUGCUGCGAGCAGGUGGACGCCGGCCUGACCUUCAAGAGGAAGGAAUUCCAGGACAGCUUCGUCUUCGACAUCAAGACCUCGGACCGCACCUUCUACCUGGUGGCCGAGACCGAGGAGGAGAUGAACAAGUGGGUGCGUGCCAUUUGCCAGCUGUGCGGCUUCAACCAGUCCGACGACAACCACGCAGAUGUCCGCCUGCAGCAUAUGCCGCGUUCCGUCGGGGCAGAUGUCUCCAGCUCGGCGGCGGCCCCCCUGAGCGCCGUCACUGGCGGCGGCAAGUUGUCGGCGCCCGUCCACUCCAGCCAGCCCGUCCUGUUCACCUUUGACGUGCCCGUGCGCCACUCGCACCUCAACGCCCUGUCCAACAGCGCGCCGCAGGAUUACCUCCUCCUGCACCAGUGCAUGAGCAGGAAGACGGAGAGCGCGCGGAGCGCCAGCUUCUCGCAGGCCACCAGAGGCAACGUGUUCCUGGGCAGCGACUCGGCCGUCCAGAAACUGUCGCACGGCUUCUCGCACUGCCUGAACGGGAUGGGCGCUCAGCUGCACGGCUUCUACAGCCUCCCCAAGCCCGGCAAGCAGCAGCAGCUGCCGGCCGCGCCCGACGACUCCCUUCAGGAGGCCUGCUACGUGCUGCCCCGGGGCUACGAGGCCCACGGCGGCCCGUCCGAGCUGGACCUGGAGAACGAGGAGGUGUACUCCUUCCAGACGCCCUGCAACACCUUGGCCACCGAACGGCCCACCGACAACUACGACCUCCCGACGCCACCCGGAUCCUUCUACCAAAUACCGCGGACGUUUGAUAAGAACCACAACUCGCUGACGCCCUCCAGCUCCGAGUCGUCGUGCGCGCCCCCGCCCAGGCCGCCCAAGCCCGGCUCGGACGGGCAGUGGGGGAGUCCGCACUCGCUCGGAAGCCAGAACGGCGACGCUCCGGCCGCCGUGUCGGUCAUCCCCAGAAGGAAUACGCUGCCCGCUGUGGAGAACAUCAGACUGCACAGAGGCUCUUCGUUUGAAACGAGCAGCCAUCAGCGUCCCAUCCAUUUCAACAACACGGGCCAGUCGGUGGAGUCGGUUAACGACGGCUUUAGUUCGUACCUGAGGACCAGAACCCCCCUGACCCGCUCGGACAGCGGCAACUCGGAUGACAACUACGUGCCGAUGAAUCCCGGCUCGUCACCUCUAAGCGCCGCCCGGGCCGACAGUCCCAAGAACGUGUACAUCCCCAUGAGCCCCGGGCCGCAUCACUUUGACUUCCCGGGCUUCUCAGCCACGCUGCCCGCCCGCAAGGGCAGCGCUGCUUCGCUGUGCCACCGGCCCGGCCGCCUCAGCGACGUCACGCCACCGCCCAUCAAUCGCAACCUCAAGCCCAACAGGAAGUCCAAGCCGACACCUCUGGACCUGAAGAACAACAGCUUCAUUGACGAGCUGCCGUUUAAGAGCCCGGUCACCAUGUCCUGGACACGGCCCAUGCCCGCCAUGAACACCAUGUCCUCGCAGCGAUGUCGCCCCAUCUCCACGCAAAGCAUCACCAGCACCGACUCUGCGGACAGCGAAGAGAACUACGUGGCUAUGCAAAACCCAGCAUCUACCUCGCCGGCUGUGAGCUGCACCAGCAGUCCGGCCCUUCGCAAGAGCGGCAAUGUGGACUAUCUGGCGCUCGACUUCCAGCCUGGCUCGCCCUGCGCACACAGAAAGCCGUCGACGUCAUCGGUGACGUCUGACGAGAAGGUGGACUACGUGCUGGUGGACAAGGAGAAGACUCAGGCGCUGCAGAACACCAUGCAGGAGUGGACCGAUGUGCGCCAGUCUGCUGAGCCCGCCAAGGGGGUCAAAUCUUGACACUGAGUACAUGUGACCAGUAGAGGGCGCGCUUUGACUGUUUGGACCACAAAGAAGCCAUAACUUAGCGUGCCUGUCCUCUCCUACUACUUCAAUGGACCAAAUAUCAGUCCCAUUCGGGGAUUUUUCACAGCUGCCCCUGCUAGAAUCAACAGAUAAUAGAUAAUAGGCAAGUUUACACUUUUCACACUCUUUAUGAAAUGAGCCCGUUUUGAGGGGAUGGUCCUGUCUCAUGCAAAUGAACUCAUCACGCCCGCCGUCCAAAGUGGAGGAUCUUGGCACCGCCCAGCCGUCAAGCCACGAACAGAGAAACUUUGUGUUGUCACAAAUGGGCAAAAUUGAGAAUAGCAAAGUGAGCUCACAAACUUGGUUGUUGGUUUUCACACUUCAUGUGUGGGAAGUUGGAGAGACGCCACUAGUUAUGGACACAAAAUUCUAAAAAAACACUUUGCCAUUAUGUGGCUCAUUUAAUUUCGACUUCCACAAGGAGGAAUGAUUCUUGUAGACUGAAAAAACAAUCCAACAUCUUGGAUUGUGACUUGGAACCCAAACAGUGUUGCGUGACUGAUUAAAACACUCUAGUUCUGAAAUCUUCGGGGUUCCUCGGUGAACGAUUUUGUGGGUGACCUCAGUUUGCAUUUGAGGCUCGAACCGAUUGACGAAGCGAGUCGCAUCUCACUUGCUGCACGUGCACUGACCUUACCAAGAUGGCCGCUGCCCCGCCAUACAAUUUAGCCAUGUUGACAAAGUGCACUCAUGGAAGGAAGAGAACGGCCGUCCACUCUGAGUCAUCGCGUCAGUCCGUUGGUUUGACUUGCCUUAUUCGUAUAGUAUUGAUUUGCCUUUGAUUGGUCUUUUUGCCGCCUUCAGGGAUAAGUCCUAGUGUUUGAUUCUCACUGGAGGCCACUUUGCGAGCGCUUCACUUGCCUCUUCAUGAUUUUUCUACCAUUUUUACUAUUUUCUACAUUUUUUAAUAUGUUGGGUUUUUUUUUUUUUAUCCCCCGAGCAAGCAUAUUGUAUGAAGUAGUUUUAAUUUCUCAAUGAGAAGACAAAAAAUUUACACGACGUGAUUGAAGUCAUAAUUUUAUGAAAAUUAGGUGAUAUUUUUAUUUACAAGAGAAUUAGUUUUUCCAUUCCAUUUGAUUGUUUUUUGUUUUUAACGAUGAAAAAACAGGCAAGAGAGCAAUUUGCAUGUGCAGAGCAAGCAUAAGUGGGAAAAAAAACAAGACUGAAGGAAAACGAAAUGGCCGCUAAUGAUGUAUUUUAUAAUCCAGCAGAAAAGGCGUGCGUGUGUGUCGUGUUAGACUGUGAUCGUGCUAGUGUGUGAUAUGAUGAUGGCGGGCGGGGUGGACCACGUACGUACUGUACUUGUAGACAUGAUGAUUGAUGUUGGGUCUUAUUCUUUCAUUUUUAACCACUGGUAUUGCUACUACUGUAAAAGCGUUCGCGUGUGUGUAUGUGCGUGUAUGUGUGUGUUAAUUUAUUAAUUUAUUGUAUGCCUCCCCAAAGUCGAAAGGCAUCUCUUUCUGCAAUUGCCGGUCGCAUUAUUAGGUACACCUGUGCCAUCGAAAAAGAGUUCUGAUGCAAAACGUGGCGGGAAAUUUAUUGCCGUUCCACCGCAAAUAAUAAGCACAUUGCUAGGUGAUCUCACUACUAACCGGUGCAGGUGUACCUAAUGAAGUGUCCAGCGAGUGCGCAUGUCCCGAUGGUGUGAAGCAAUACGAGAGAAGAAGCCAAGUGUGGUGCAGCUCAUGGAAACUUUUCUUAUUCCUGAUGUAUUAUGGUCAACUGUGGAUGUAGAAUAAAUCGACGAGUCAACA